CUGUCGCUUUAAAUAUUCCUGCCGAAAAGCAUCAUGGGUAAUGCGUCUCCUUUCGCUUCUCGCUCUGCUGCAGGAGGGACGAUCGCGCUUCAGCAAAUCGAGCUGAAUUUGGACCGAAUGUUGUGAAUCCUCGACGCGGGACGCCCUCGAUCGCGACUUCCGUGGACUAAAACGUCAUUCGUGCAAUCUUCGUGCCCGGUUGGAGGCGUCUCGUGCACCUUGAAGCUUCUCGGCCUAGCUUAGCAUAGCAUAGCCUAGCCUAGCCUAGCUUAGCUUGCUAAGAAAGAGACGCGUUUGUGAACAACACUUCGCUAAGCAGAGAUCAAGCGUGAGGGAAAGUGUUCUUCUUUCCGUCACCUACGAAGCGGAAAGUGAAAAUGUGUGCAACGAGGACGCCGGAGUACGACGAGGAGGAGGAACUUUGUGGCCCAGAAGAGGAGAAGGAGCCACGUCUUCAACUUCUGCAGCCUCGCACUGUGCUACGCAGAGCAGACAUCACCGAGCAUCUUCGUACUGAGCGGCAGGAGCCAGAGCCCCCUCGCAUGAAAGAGGAAGAGGAGCCCAUUUCGAUUAAAAAAGAGGAGGAAGAAGCGUGCCCCCACAUCAAAGAGGAGGAGGAGGAGGAGGAGGAGGAUAUCACCAAGGUUCCAUCGACUGGUGUCCCUUUGAAGAGUGAAGAUGAAGGUCAAAGUGAGGGGAGGCGAGGGGCGGAGCCUCCAAGCAGCAGCACAAGAGAAGGUGAUGGAAGAUCACAAGCAGACGGCCUCUUGGCUCCACUGUCAGACAGUGACGACAUGGCGUCGCACUCUCCUCACACUGAUGAUGAUGAGAAACAGUGUGAAGGUGAUGUGACAUGUCACGCUGACAACAAACGAUGGAAAUGUUCUCAGUGUGAGAAAACGUUUGCUAACAAGAGCAUUUUGAAACAACACGUGAGAAUACACACUGGAGAAAAACCUUUUUCCUGCUCAGUUUGUGGCCAAAGAUUCUCGAUGAAGGAACGCUUAAAAAGACACACAAGAACCCACACAGACAUCAGCGAAGACCUUGGUCCUGAGCGGCAGGAGCACGUGGGAGGUGGAGAGGUGCCCCGCUUGAAAGAGGAAGAGGAAUUGGAGCCCAUUUCCGUGAAAAAAGAGGAGGAGCCAGAGCAACCCCACUUAAAAUGGGAAGAGGAGGAGGAUACCAAGUUUGCGUCGACCGGUGUCCCCUUGAAGACUGCAGAUAAAGUUCAAAGUGAGGAGAGCAGCGCGAGAGAAGGUGAUGGAGACCACCGCGGAGGAUCACAAGCACCACUAUCAGAUAGUGACGACAUCACGUCGCACUCUCCUGCCACUGAAGAGGAUGACGAGCAUGAAAGUGACACUGACAACAAACGCUGGAAAUGUUCUCCGUGUGGGAAAAGCUUUCCUUACGAGAGUCAUUUGAAAAAGCACACGAGGAUCCACACUGGUGAGAAACCUUUUGCCUGCUCAGAUUGCGGUCAAAGAUUUACUCAGAAGGGACACUUAAAAAUCCACACAAGAACCCACACUGGUGAGAAACCUUUUGCCUGCUCAGUUUGUGGUCAUAGGUUCUCCUUAAAGGAGAACUUAAAAAAUCACUCAAGAACCCACACUGGUGAGAAACCUUUUGCCUGCUCAGUUUGUGCUCAAAGAUUCACUCAGAAGGGAAGCUUAAAUAUACACACAAGAACCCACACGGGUGAUAAGCCCUUUGUCUGCUCAGUUUGCGGUCAAAGAUUCUCUCAUAAGGGAAGCUUUCAAAUACACACACGAGCCCACACGGGUGAGAAACCUUUUGUCUGCUCAGUUUGUGGGAAAACAUUCAAUCGGAAAGGAGACUUAAAAAUACACGCGAGAACCCACACUGGCGAGAAACCCUUUGCCUGCUCGGUUUGCGGUCAAAGGUUCUCCGUAAAGGAAUACUUAAAAACACACACAAGAAUCCACACUGGUGAGAAACCUUUCGCCUGCUCAGAUUGCGGUCAAAGAUUCACUCAAAAUGGAAGCUUACUAAUACACACGAGAAUCCAUACAGGUGCCAAACCUUUUGCCUGCUCAGUUUGCGGUCAAAGGUUCUCCGUAAAGGCACGCUUAAAAAUCCACACGAGAACCCACACUGGCGAGAAACCUUUUGCCUGCUCGGUUUGUGGUCAAAGAUUCACUCAGAAGGGAAGCUUAAAGAUCCACAGAAGAAUCCACACAGGCGAUAAGCCUUUUCCUUGCUCGGUUUGUGGCCAAAGCUUCUCCGUCAAGGCGAGCUUGAAAUUACACGCGAGAACCCACACUGGCGAGAAACCCUUUUCCUGCUCGGUCUGUGGUCAAAGAUUCACUCAGAAUAGAAACUUAAGAAUCCACACAAGAACCCACACUGACGACAAACCUUUUGCCCGCUCAGUUUGUGCUCAAAGAUUCCGUCAUCGGGAUGACGCUAAGGCGGAUCAUCGAGAUGAUCGGGAAGGCAUCAGUGGAAAAGUUCGCUCAGAUUUAUUAGAUGAGCUUUCAUUCACUGAAUAAUUUCGGAAAAAACCAACAAUGAUGGAGCCAACAAUCAAUCAAUCCAUCAAUCCAUCAAUCUUCAAAGCACCAACACAGAUUUCAACAUCUUACAAUGACACUCAAUUCGUGAUAUAAAACAAAAACAGUUUUUUUUUAUUGAAACAAAAAACAUGCUUGUCACAAAAUUGUCAAACGAGCACCAAAGUGAUCCUAUCAAUCAAGCAAGCAAUUGAUUUGGUUGAUACAAUCGUACUUUAGUUUCAAUGUUUUUCAAAAGUGGAAGCAAAACACACAUUCCACAAAGUAACACACCUUUGUUUUAGUUUUUUUUCGACCACCGGUUCCCCUCAGAUCAUUUCUGAUUUCGAACAUCUCCUGAGGAGCGCGGGAAAGUGAAUUAUUGCUUAGGUUGUGCACUUUGAGUCAUAGAAUUGAGGAAUAUUUCAACCGGUACAUUUGUCGCUCCUGUAGCUCCAUUCGUGAGUGUCGUAAGCUCUUUCCGCUCACUUCCAAAUAGGCGAAGUAUUGGUUUGGAAUGUGUCGGCCAAAAUCUCAACGCCGUCACUCAUGUAUGGGAGGAAUAGUGAGCGUUAAUAUUUAUGUAUAUCAUUGAUUUCACGUUCGGAACACUCUUGGUUUGACAGCUUUUUGACAUUUAGUUUUUUACGUGGACUAUACGUGGCUUCCAACAAAGCUUUUUAUUUCCAUUUCUGAUUAUAUACUCUUUCUAUCUCCUAGGAAUGUACUGUGAUUUCAACCUGAUGUUUUAUUUGUUUGGUGCCAGAAAUGUCAACUUUGUUUUGUUGAAACUUAGUGGUCAUUUAUUUACAUCGAUGAGUUGAGUUCAGAAGCUCUUGUAGGUUUUUGUCUGAGGAGUGGAGGGUUGUAUCAUCAGGAAAUAAAAACAACAACAUUUUUGAGCACCUUCA